GUUGAACUUCGCUAUUGCUACGUCUUCUUGAUCAGCGAUUUCUCGUCAUUUUCAUUCAAAGCGCCUUCACUUGAUCGGGGCGUUCCGCCUACGAUCGCUCCGCCUUUCCCACUUCCAGCUCAUUCAAUACAUCGCCCUUCCCUCUUCCACCCCCUCCACCCCCCUCCCGGGCUCAAUCACUCGUUCUGCGGCGUCCCUUUGAUCGAUCGAUUACCAACAACUCCGUCUCAAAUUCUCUUUAACGGCUCAAAACAGCCCCUCGAUAGUCUCGGUACCUUUCCGUACGACGACCUUUGAAAAGAAAUCCAAUUUAUCCUCUGGGAGGCCCGAACCAUGGCCACAACAGAGGGACCCGCCAGGGCGCAUGAUCGCAAUGGACGCCGUCAUCCCUUCUCCAGUUGGAUGAAGCGGCUUGCUAGUUUAAAACAUUCGACCGAUUCAGGAUCCAACCGUUGGUCUCACAAACGCCAUGCGACGCCGAAACACAAGAACCGCAAUUCGAAGAAUAACCCCUACCCACUUUCUGGAAAUAACACCGCUGCCAAUCCCUGUGGUGACAACAUCAGCGAUGCUACUGCAUCGGAUUUCAGCGCCGAAACUGACGGGCAAUCCGGCUCUCGAAGCGAGCCCUCUAUCACAUACUCCUGUUACGAGCACCAGGUUCCCGCCACCAGUGCUAAAUCUACGGCACCUACCAUCUCCACAAACGGUGACACAGCCAUAUCGGACGCAGCUUAUUCGAAGGCAGGUACAAUGGUCACGGCCGGAGGAGGGAUCAGUUCACACGGUGGGGGCGAAGGAAGCACCUUUUCAUCCCCAGCGCCAUCCGUCCGGUCUCUAACAACCACCUUGACCACGGUUCAGUCGGCAGCACCAUCGGGCCACCUCUACAAUCCGCAGAAUCACCACCAUGGUCUUGCUCACACCAACUCCUUGCAGAAUCAUGCGACGCAGCAGGUUCAAUUUUCUCAUCAAUUUCCCUCCUCGCCGGCCACGGCGGUCCCGCCCCACCUUACUCACGGUCACUCGGUUACUUACAGCUCCGCGACGGCGAACAAUCUUCUCACCGACAAUGCAUCCAUACUUACACUGGCGUCUUCCUCCAAGCGACGGCGUCGUAACUCCUUAGAUACCAAUGCCUCGGUGCGCGCCUUGGCCCCGUCCUCAGUCUUUGGUGGUAGUCGGGAGAGUCUGCCUCUGAGUGUUCUCAGCGGUACUAUUGGAGAGCAGCCUUCCAAUACCUCCUCGCUCAAUGCUCCAGGCGUUCUUAAUCGUCCUAGCUUGGUCGGUCUUGCCAGCGUAGAGCGCGCCAGCGUCUACUCAGCCUCAAGCGUUACCCCGUUGGCUGGUGAGCGCGGCAAUUUUCACAAGGCCGCCACCACGGCCGGGGAUGCCGCGAGCACUAUGAGUGUGUCCCAUUCGCAUAGCCGUCACGAUAGUAACGCAACCAGCGUUACCGGCGCUGGCCCCGGGAAUGCGUGGUCAGGGCCAUCCCAGCAGCAGCAAGCGGCCGUAACGGGGCGCAUCAGCCGUCGCAGCUCAGGAUGGGGCGAAAUCAACGGCGACGAAAGCGACGAAGAGAAGCUUCCCGAACGGAAAGCAGGUGAAAGUUAUCGCAACGAAGUUACGCAACGCCAGAUAAGAGACUCCAUGACAGUGACAUAUUGA